AUACAACAAAGAAUAUCGUUUACAUGUAGCGCGUCAAUUCUGCAUGUUAUGAAAGACUCUCGUGCUCUGUAUCUUUCUUUGCGCGCGUGUAUGUGAGAGAAAGCAACGGCGAGUCGUGUGACUUCACACUAGAAUUUAUGCCAAGCAGGACUCUGACGGACAGAUUAUGGUGAGCGGUGUUUGGGAGCGCUGCUCCUGCGGUGACCCGGAUGUAGCGGCGCUCUACCUCCACUCGUCUGAUCCUCUUAUCAGCGAAAGGCGGUCGAGAUGGAUGUUGUCAACCAGCUGGUCGCCACUGGGCAGUUCACAGUCAUCAAACAGCCAUUAGGAUUCAUUAAAAUCUUACAAUGGUUCUUUGCCAUCUUCGCGUUCUCCACCUGCGGCGGUUACUCUGGAGUGUUUCGUAUGAGCGUGGAGUGUAAGAACCGCUCAGAGAGUGACCUGAACAUCGAGGUUGAGUUUGGCUACCCGUUCAGACUGCACCAGGUAUGGUUUGAUGCUCCUACGUGUAAAGGGCCGGAGCCUGAACGUCUGUUUCUGGUGGGAAACAACUCUUCCUCUGCUGAGUUCUUUGUCACCAUUGGUGUCUUUUCCUUCCUUUAUUCAAUGGCAGCCAUUUCUGUGUACCUCUUCCUCAUGGAGAAGUACCGUGAGGGAAACAAAGGAGCUCAGGCUGAUUUUGUGGUGACAGCUAUUUUUACCUUUAUGUGGUUGGUGAGUUCAUCGGCGUGGGCCAAAGGUCUCUCGGAUGUGAAGAGGGCCACUGACCCUGAUGAGGUGAUCGACCUCAUCCCUGCGUGUGACCGCGAGGAAAACCGCUGCAAAGAAAUCCACGAGCCUGUGAUGUCCGGCCUAAACACUUCUGUGGCGUUUGGCUUCUGUAAUGUGGUGCUGUGGGCAGGGAACCUGUGGUUCGUCUUCAAGGAAACCGGCUGGCUUGCAUCCUUUGCUGGCACUUACGUGCCGUCAGGAGAGAAGCAGCCAGCACCAGACUCCUUCGGCCAGGGCUAUGGGCAAGAAGGUUAUGGCCAGGAGCCUUACGCCAGCUCUCAGGGCGGGUACCAGCCCGACUACGGCCAGCAGGGCGGUGGAUAUGAAGGCGGAGGCUAUAAUCAGUAUGGUCAGGGUGAGCCCACCUCCUUCUCCAAUGAGAUGUGAGCUCCAGCUCUGCACUGAUCACAGCAAGAGGACGGUCAUGUGAUCAGCCAGCAUGGAAACUACUAGCUACUGUAUGUUUCCUCUCUCUUCAGUCUUUCUAUUUGGGCAGUGGGUUUAAAGGGAAGGGGUGGGUGAGGGAAAGCACAUUUAAGAAAUCUUAGCAGGGUUGUUACUAAAUCAUAGCCAAGGGAAAAUGCUUUGGACCCAGGACGAGGUGAGACCCUCAUUUCAACAUAAAGUCUAUCACAUCAAAUCCAGCCGGAGAUUAUCCAUCCUAUUAAGAUAAGCAAAAACUUGAAUAUGCUACCAAAAAAAAAAAAAGAUGUAUAUGUAACAUACGGGGAGCCGUUUGAAUGAAUUAUAUAUGAAUUAUAGUCAUAUUAUACUGAAUGUGUUUGUCUGUGUGGUGUAAAUAUGAAUUAUAUUUAAAUAGAUAUACUGUAUUGUGAAUUUAACUGUUGCUUUUUUUGUGAUUUCACUUGUAGUCUCCACAUUUGUUUUGUUUUUAUUUAUUGUAGUGGUGUUUUUCCCUGGAUUACCACUACACCACCUUCAUCAUUCAACCCACAGAACUGACUUUAAACCUCCUACUGAAUGUGUGCGUUUCUUUUUUAUUUAUGUGAAACUUUCUUUUAAGGUUCGUGAGAACACAAAGAUUAAAUAGUAUAACAGUAAUGUGUCGAUCACUACUAAAAGUGUUAACAAAAGUCAGUAGUUUUAGAUGAAACUGGUAUAGGGAGAGAGGAUCUGAGUAACACUAGCAAAGCUAAAGAACAAAGGAAGAAACAGGAAGCACAGGUGAACAAGCACAAAAUUGAUUUCCUUUUCUAAUCUAAAGCACUUAUGUAUUAUUGAUGCUAUAAAACGGCUUGUAGGACAAUAUAGAGAACAUCAUCGUGGGUGCUUCAGUACUUGCUGUUUGGUUUUUCUAGUGCUGUGAAACUCCACUGAUGCUCUUCUUCAGACAUGAGAAUUAUGUUCUUCCUGAAAGUUCAUUUCCGUGUGUUUUGGCGUUUCGUUCAGACUGAAAUGGUGUUUUGAUGUCUCUCUGCCAUGAAGGUCCACGUAGCUUUCUUUCUCUCCUUCAUUGUAUGACCUGAUAUUGCAAAAUAAAACAUGUUAGAGAA